GUGUUCGUGAUGCCCUUCCUGGAGGGAGAUCCAGGUCGAGCAGAGAAAGACGGCAGCAGGAAGGGGGAGGCUGUGUGCCACUCCGCCAGCCCCACCAGGGGCUUCUUCCAUCGGGCUCCGUUCAGCCGGCCCUCCAGCCCCCGCUCCGCUCCAGCCAGGACCUCCAGCUCCAAGAUGAGUCCCAGCUCCCCCAAAACCAUCUUCCCCUACCAGACUGCAGCCCCACAACAGGAUUCACCACCCAAAUCUCAACGCAGGCUGAGCUUCAGUGGGAUCUUCAGGUCGGCCUCCAGAGAAUCGAACCAGCAACCCUCAUCAUCGCCCGUCAGCAUCAAACUGUUCACCCGCAACAGGAGAGACAAGGCCCGAGGUACAGGAGACGUAAAGAUGGAGGAGAAGAAGAGCGAGCGCGGCAGGAAGAAAGAGCGGCGGAAGUCUGAACCCAACAUGGAGGAAGAGGACAGGAAAGACAGGGGGAGGACAGACACAGGCAGAGGGAAAGAAAGGAGGAAGUCUGCAUCGUGGAUGAUGGCGGAGGACAGAGCAGGAGGACAGACGGACAGGAGGCAGCGAGAGGCGGACAGACGGACGUCACGGCGGCGGUCGGAGCCUUGCGGGAUUCUGUAUGUCCAGCUGCUUCCUCUGUCCAACAGGAAGAGGCGGGAGCUGCUGCAGAGACGGACAGGACGCAGGAUGUCCUGCAGCGAGGACGCGGACGGACCAACGGACGAAUUUGGACAGAUGACCAGGGGGAGAUCUGAACCCAUUGGCCCUCUGGGAAAUAAUCCUCCUCAUCCUCCUCCUCGUCAGGAGGAGGUGAGUGUUUUCCGUCUGGAGACAUACCUGACGGAGCCGAAGCGUCCGGAGACCAGGAGGCUGCGCUCCUUCUCUUCACCCCCUGACACCGGACAACGCUCCUCUUCCUCCUGCUGCCAGCCGCCUCUUCCUCUUCUGGCUCCGCCUCUUCCUGUCAGGAGGCUGGUGGAGGUUGCUGACGGCAUGUCGGAGCAGCCGGAUCCUGAUGAUGCCGCCUCAGAGGAGUCGGAGAGAGACAUCUACAUGCGCUUCAUGAAGUGUCACAAGUGUUACGACAUCAUCCCAACCAGCUCCAAACUGGUGGUGUUUGAUACCACACUGCAGGUAAAGAAAGCGUUCUUUGCUCUGGUGGCAAACGGAGUGAGAGCUGCUCCACUGUGGGAGAGCAAGAAACAGAGCUUUGUAGGAAUGUUGACCAUCACAGACUUCAUCAACAUCCUGACCAGAUACUAUAAAUCACCCAUGGUUCAGAUCUACGAGCUGGAGGAACAUAAGAUCGAGACGUGGAGAGAGCUUUACCUUCAGGAGACCUUCAAACCUCUGGUCCACAUCUCACCUGAUGCCAGUAUAUUUGAAGCUGUGUACUCGCUGAUAAAGAAUAAGAUCCAUCGUCUUCCUGUCAUCGAUCCGGUCAGUGGCAACGCUCUCUACAUCCUGACACACAAGAGGAUCCUCAAGUUCCUGCAGCUGUUUGUGUGUGAGAUGCCCAUGCCAGCCUUCAUGAAGCAGACUCUGGAGGAGCUGUGUGUGGGGACGUACACCAACAUCGCCUACAUCCACCCCGACACGCCGCUCAUCACCGCGCUGUCCGUCUUCACACACCGCCGCGUCUCCGCCCUGCCCGUCGUCGACCACAACGGUAGAGUGGUGGAUAUCUACUCCAAGUUUGACGUCAUUAACCUGGCGGCAGAGAAGACAUACAACAACCUGGAUGUGACGGUCACUCAGGCUCUCAGACACAGAUCGCAGUACUUCGAGGGAGUCAUGAAGUGCAACAAACUGGAGACACUGGAAACCAUCGUGGACCGCAUUGUGAAGGCUGAGGUUCACAGGUUGGUUGUUGUAGAUGAGGAAUCUCGCAUUGUUGGCAUCGUCUCUCUGUCUGACAUCCUGCAGGCGCUGGUCCUCACCCCCGCAGGUCUGGGUAGGAAGGAGUCUCUCCCCUCUCAGCCAACAGCCUUGGAGCCUGGUAGAGAGACAGGCUGCGGGGACACUGAUACUGCAGAGACCAGCCAGCAGGGGGAGACAGAGAGGCUGAUGGAGGGGGAGACAGGUGAAGGAGAGCGGGAGGAGGAGGAGGCAGAGAGGCUGAUGGAGGGGGAGACAGAGUCCCUGCAGGGCUAUGAUUGGACAGCUUCUCUGGAGGUGGGAGGGGCAAACAGGUGA